AUGGCAGACAGUCGACAGCCUGAAGACGGUGCCCCCCAGUGGGACCCAUCAGGAGGGCAGGAGCCCGCUGGCACCCAUGGAGCCAAUGGCUACUCUUCCUCAGCAUACAGGACCUGCCAGCCUGGCGGGGCCCACAUGGCCACAGCCUCCUACUCCGCUAGAGAGAAUGGCUUCAAUGGAGAGCUUACUGGGGCCCACGCUAUAACUGCAGAGCAAGUGUCAGCGCGGAUUGUGCAGGAAGUGACGGCAGAGGCAGUGGCAGUACUGAAGGGAGAACAGGAGACUCAAAGGCUGCCAUCAGUUGAAGACACCACCAAUUUGCCUCCCUCUCCUCCCCCCUCACCCGCUGCAGAGCACUUUGGUCCUCUGGAACAAGAUGUAGGGGAUGAGGAGGAGGCGGGGCCUCUCCGCCGCUUCCAAAAUUCUCGGGAGAGGUGCAAGUUCCUCGCCCCCUCCAUCUCAGUUUCCGUGCCCGAGGACGACCCCUACCACUCCGACGAGGAGUACUAUGAGCACCCAUUGUUCAGCCCAGAGUGGACGCACUCGGGCUCUCGCCCCACAGGGCAGGCCGUGGCCUUUAGACAGAUUGAAGAAGAGACCACGGAGGCUCUUACAGCUGAAUACGAGGAGGAGGUGGAAGAGGAGGAGGAGGAGGAGGAGGAGGAGAGUGCAGAGGCAGCAGAGUCGGAGGCAGCUCUUGAUGAGCAGCAAUGGAGUGGGGAAGAGCCCGAGCUGGACAGCCCCCAAGCUGAGCCCUUAGAGCAGGCAGAGGCCAUAGACGAGGCUCAGGACCUAGACCUGGAGCUGGCUGAAGCAGUUAGUGCUGCUGCAGAAAGCUCUAUGGACAGAGAGGAGGAGGAAGCAGAGGGUGAGGAGAGCCCUGAGACAGCAUCACAGUUUCCUCAUGCCGGUUCCGUCACAUACCAUGCCAUAUUCUCAUCCAUCUGUGACGUGGUGGACCCCAUAAUCUCACCGUACUUCUUCAGUGAUGGCCGUAUCAUUGUGCUCCAACUUACAGAUGUCGUUUCAGCUUUGAAGAUGGACUCAGACAAGCAGGGCAGUGGGUCCAUGAGCCCAGACAGCAUUGGAUCGGAGAAACGCCCAGAGGAGUUUUUUGAGCCCCAGAUCCAAGGGUUCUUUGCUGGUGAACGAGUUGUACCAGAGAGCCCCACCAUGGACAUGCCGUCCUUUGUACCUCAGAAUGUUCAAAACCAAGCCAAAGAAUCUGCCAGAUCUCUCACACUUCAGCCUAUGUACGGUGAGCCAAUCACAGUGUCAGAGAAGCAGCCGUCAGUGGAGGUGGUCGAGUUCAGCAGCAUUGGUGCGCCUUGUGACUUCUCUUCAAUGGGAGUUAGAGUUCAAGGAGGAGAUUCAGUGAGAGACGCAAGAGACAGAUCUGGCAUGUCAGCGUAUUUUGAAACCUCAGCCACAGAGGCUGAUGAGGCUCCACAGUGUAAGGGUGAGGGUUAUUAUGAACUGAGCAGAGCUGGUGAAGAGAAGAGUACAACUGAUUCCAGGUCUCAGGAGAUCAGUUAUAGCACACUAGCUGAAGCCCAGGAUAAAUCUGAGGUACUGCAGAAAAGUACUGCAGAAGACACGGGAGUGUUCACAGUUCCUGACAGGAGCAAUGAAUGCAGGCUUUCUCCAGGUAAACUGGCCUUAGAGCAGAGGAGUUACUCUCUAAACAUCACCAUUGGAGCAAUGGAUCAGAGUGGCCAAGGCAGACCUAGGAACUUCUCCCCACUGGCCACAGAUAUCAUGUCAUACACUAGUGGAAGUCUAGAUGAGUCAGCGGACUACCUCCCAGUCACUACGCCCUCUGUGGAUAAGCCUCCUUCCUUCCCUCCCCUGAUCCUGGAAACUGCAGCUUCCAUCACUUCAGAUUCCUCAUCUCCUCCAAGGACCACUGAACCAGUUUCGAAAUCCAGCCCUGAACCAGCAUCGCCUGAAUCACCCCAGCCUGCUAAGAGCGCCUAUAAAAAUGGCACAGUGAUGGCGCAGGACUUGCCUGAGAUGCUGGACCUUGCUGGUACCCGUUCCAGGCUGGCAUCAGAAAACACUGACCCAGAAAUUAUACGGAGAAAGUCAGUUCAAGGUGAUGUCCCUGCCUUCACAGAUGACCCACUGGCUAGCCUAGUUUCAGGGGAACAGAGUCCUGGGGCCAGAAAAAGUGAGAGCCAACUGGAAGAAAUGGGCUAUUGUGUGUUCAGUGAAUAUUCAGGGCCCAUGCCAUCCCCUGCAGAUGUGUUUAGUCCUACAGACACCUCUGCACAGGUCUUUACCCCCUCUGUGCUGGAGGAGAAAGUGGCUGAGCAGGCAAGGAAAUUAGCCGUCAGAGAUACAUCUGUGGAGGACAAGAGCCAGCCAUCAGGAGCUGCUGAAGCCACUGAAGAGGAAGACCAGAAGCAGGUAGAGAGAAAAGAUUCUGCUGAAGAAAAAGACAAAGAGAUUGCAGAUGGUCAGCUGACUAAAUCUGAAAGUGAGCAGGAGAAACAACCUGCUCUGCCAAGUGAGUCCUUUGUGACACCAACGGUCACUGUGACUCUAGAAGAAGGUGGGAGGUCAGGGAGUGAGACUGAGCGACAAGCCAGUGGGGAAGGCUCAGCGUCAGAAACCGAGAUUGCGGACUACGAGAGGCAGAUCCGCAAAUUGGAGAUGGAGGACAGGCCUCUCAGUUUGGAGGAGGAACGAGAGCUACAAGAGCUUCGGGAAAAGGUGAAGCUGGUCCACCAGGAGGCCUAUGAAGAGGUGGAUGCUGAAGAUGUGUACCAGCUGACCGGCGUGGCCAAGGACCGAAUUGCCAGGCCUGUCAAAACAUCACCCGCUUCGUCUGUGGAGAGCAACAUCGAUGAUGACAAGCUGCUCUCCCCAGUGCUCUCACCUUCCAAGCUUAAACAAAGAGAGGUUUACGGCUCCCCAAAAAGAGCAGCUUCACCAGUGUUAGGAGUAAACAAAGAGGAGAAAAAAGAAAAGAUAGAAAAGGAAUUAAAAGAGAAAGAGGAGAAAGAAAAGAUAGAAAAGGAAUUAAAAGAGAAAGAGGAGAAAGAAAAGAUAGAAAAGGAAUUAAAAGAGAAAGAAGAGAAAGAAAAGAUAGAAAAUGAAUUAAAAGUGAAAGAAGAGAAAGAAAAGAUAGAGAGGGAACUGAAAGAGAAGGAAGAGAGAGAGGAAGAAGCUCAGAAACCUGUGGAGGCUGAGGAGGAGGAAGAGGGAGGUGAGGAAGACAUGUUGGAGAAAGAAGGGGCAGGAGCUGGGGCAGCGGUAAUAAAGGAGAUCCCAGAGACCCGUGCCGCCAUUGAAUCAGUGGUGACAGUUGAAGACGAUUUCAUCACUGUGGUCCAGACCAUCGAUGAAGCAGAGGAGCCAGGACACAGCGUUCGUUUCUCAGCUCCACCUGAGGCUGAAGUCCUUUGUGUCGCAGCCCAGAAAGAGGAAGAGGAGGAAGAGGAGGAAUCUGUGGAGCUGGCCCAAGAAGCAGACAUGGAGGCUGCCAGUCUAGAGGAGGUGGGUGAUGUUCCUGAGACCCCUGCCUCCCCCGAGAAGGAGGCUCGAACGGUAGAAACAGAAGGACUGACAGAAAGUUACGAUAGAGAUGAGACCACAAUGGACGACUCCAUCCUGGACAGCUCCUGGGUUGACACACAAGAUGAUGAUAAGAGUAUGGUCACAGAGCAGAUUGAGCCUUUGCCCAAGGUGCCCAGCCCGGUCAAAAAGCCUGGCGUGGUCUCAAACAAGCAGACACAACAGAAGAAGCCAGAGAAGCAGGAGAAGCCGGUCAAACCAAAUGCCAAGGCAGGUCGGACUAGAGGUCGAAUCUCCACACCAGAACGCAGACCUGUCCGCAAAGAGCCUGUCUAUAUCCCCAGAGAGGAAGUCAAGAAGAAAAAAGCUGUGAUAAGGAAGACCGAGCUUACCAAAAAAAUGGAGACUCAAAGUCAAUCCCCGUCCAAGAGGAGUGUCAUGAAAUCAGGCUUCCGUGAGACCCGCCCCACCCAGCACCACUCUUGCCCCAGAAGGAGACCCACAGAGUCCCUUCCAGACAGUCGUCAGCCUCUCAGUGUUGCAAGACAGUCUCGUGACAGAGCAUCGGAUGGUGGAUCACGGAGCCCAGACAAGAGGUCUUCUCUGCCACGGCAUGCCUCCAUUCUGAGUCGCCGUGGGUACCAUGACCAUGAGGAGAGUUCCACCUCCAUCACCAGCUCUGGCUCCACUGCUCCCCGCAGACCCACAUCGUUUCGCACUGAGAUGAGGGCAGAGCAUAGGACAGGACGGGCCCCAAGUAUGACAGUAACAGAAUCAGUGCGUUCCCGUUCGGCUCGCAGUGGCCACUCCACUCCCCGCACUCCUGGCUCCACAGCGAUCACCCCAGGGACCCCUCCCAGCUACUCAUCAUCUUCGAGGACCCCCGGAACCCCUCGCUCCCUCAGCUUGAUUUCCCAGGAGAGGAAGGUGGCCGUGGUCCGCACCCCACCCAAGUCGCCUGCAACCACACCCAAGCAGCUUCGCAUUAUCAACCAGCCACUGCCUGACUUCAAGAACAUCAAGUCCAAGAUCGGCUCCACGGAGAAUAUCAAGUACCAGCCCAAAGGAGGACAGAAGCACAAGGACCAAAAUAUUCCAACAGAGGCCAAACACAAGGCCUCUUGGAUCUGGAAGUCAGUGCUGCGUCUCAUCUCCGUUACUCUGUGUCUGUCAGCAGCACACAGUGUGACCUGGACCCAAGACCUGCUGAUUCAGAUAUUAAACAGGAAGGUGGACUUCAGUCACAUAUUGUCAAAAUGCAGCUCCAAGGAUAAUCUGAAGCACUCUCCCCACGGAGGCAAUGUGCAGAUACAGAAUAAGAAGAUUGACUUGAGCCAUGUGACCUCCAAGUGUGGCUCUCUAGACAACAUCCAUCAUCGGCCAGGGGGCGGUAACGUGCGUAUAGAGAGUGUGAAGUUGGACUUCAAAGACAAAGCCCAAGCCAAGGUGGGUUCCCUGGAUAAUGCUCACCACAUUCCUGGUGGAGGCCGUGUUACGAUUGAGAGCCACAGGCUAACAUUUCGUGACCAUGCCAAGGCCCGAGUGGACCACGGAGCUGAGAUCAUCAUCCAGUCGCCAGGCCUUUCCGGCUCGGUGUCUCCCCACCGCCACCGGGACAGCCACCUAUCCUCCUCCGGCAGUCUCAAUAUGAUGGAGUCGCCGCAAUUAGCAACCCUGGCUGAGGAUGUCACUGCGGCUCUGGCUAAGCAGGGUUUGUGAACACUGGAUCUGUGAGUUCGUUGUCUGCACCCCAGACAACCUCACUCUGAUCCCCUCAAACCUUUCUGCCCACUCCUGCCACCCUGAGGCCAACCUCAGCUAAACCACAGCCUUUGAACAUCUCCACUUCAAGAUCCAUUUCUCAAUUCUAAGUAGAGACUCAAAUUAGGAGCUACUGUACUUUGGUCCUCUUUAUUUCCUGUCUAUUUUAAACCCAAAUAUGUGUUAUUU